GAGUAUGAUUCUGAAUGGCGAAGCCUGGACUGGAAGCCAGACGAAACAAGAAUGAAAAUGGAGAACUUUACCCUGAGUAACCCUGAUAUCGGCCACCUUCGCUUCCUGUUGCACGGCCCUGUGGGAUACGGCAAAUCCAGCAUCAUCAACUCCUUCAACAGCGUGUUCCAACGUCGCGUCACAGAGAAGGCCCUAACGGCAGCGGCCACUGGCACAAGCCACACUAAAGUCUACCAAACAUACCAAGUCAAGGAUGUCCAGGGAAGAGAGCUGCCAUUCGUCUUCAAUGACAGUAUGGGGCUGGAGGAUGAGGAAGAGGGCGGUGCUCUGUCUGAUGACAUCAUCACUGCCAUACAAGGUCAUGUCAAGGAUGGCUAUAAGUUCAACAAGGGUCCUUUGCGUACGUGGGACAAGCACUACUACAACAAAAGCCCCAGUCUCAGCGAUAAGGUGCACUGCCUGGUGAGUGUCCUCCGUGCGGACAAAAUCUCCCUCCUGGACACAGAUGGGGGCAACCUGACUAAAAUGAGGAACGUCAGACAUGCUGCAAGUGACCUAGGUAUUCCCCAGGUCGUGAUCAUGACACAUGUGGAUGAAUGUUGCCCUUUGGUGAAGGAAGAUCUGAAGAACAUCUACAAAAGCAAGAAGAUCCAUCAGGCUAUGCAGCAAUGCAGUGUGAAGCUUGGCGUGCCCCUGAAUUGCAUCUUCCCAGUCAAGAACUACCACCAGGAGACUAAAGUGGACAACAAGACCGACUGUGUGAUCCUGGAAGCCCUGGAGAAGAUCACUCACCUCGCCAACGACUAUGUGGAGGACAAAAUAACCCGCGUGUCCCCCCUUAAAAUAGCAGCUUUUGUUGUAUGUAUGGGGGUUGUUUUAAUUUCUUUUCUUGGAGUACUUCCUUUCUUGCUCUUGAUUGGCUUAUGUAUGUAUGAAUUGUUGUGUUCCUAG